GUUUCGAUAAACAUGUACAUGUAAACAGCAAUACUCUGAAGGAACACUUCAAAGUCCACUUUGGAGCCUGGACCCGAUUUCUGUUUUGUCGUGAAAUCAAUUUUCUUGAGCAUUGUACCUUGAGUCUCGGUGACAAAUACGAUUAUGUUCGGGAUCAAUAAUUUUCUCCUGGAGUUGUCUCGCAGGACGAAGUUUUCGAUUGACAAGAUUAAUUUCGUGUUUUGUAUGUUGCUAUGCCUUCCUCUUGGUGUGCUGUUCCGGAUUGUUUUCCACCCUAGACGUGUUUCUGCAAGCGCACGGCGACUUUUAGGACUUGUCUGGGGUUUGGCACUAUCGUGGUUUUGUUUCAGCUGGGAAAUUUUAAUCCUUAUCGGACUGAGCGCUGUGUGUUACAUGUUUACCUCGUUUGCAAAUCCUGCGGUAGUUCACAGAUUUGUAUUUAUCGCUGCAAUGGGGACGUUGUCUGUGGCCCAUAUUUAUAGACAAGCAACAAACUACGGAGAACACGCUGUAGAUUUCUCUGGCCCACUGAUGUUGAUCGUUCAGAGAGUUACUUACAUAGCAUUCAAUCUACACGAUGGAAUUGCGAGAGAGGAGAGCGAUCUAACAGAUGAGCAAAGAAAGGAAAAACUCAAAAAAGUCCCGUCUCUGUUGGAAUACUUCAGCUACCUGUUCCAUUACAGCACAAUUCUUGCAGGACCAGUCUGCACGUUCAAGGAAUUUAACGAUUUUAUCGAUGGCUCAGAUAUUAGACCUAAGAAGCCUGGCGAAAAAGAACCUUCACCUUUGAUGGAUGUUUUAAAGAAAAUGUUGUCUGGUUUCUUGUGUGUGGUUAUUUUAUUCCUGACUGGGGGACAUUAUCCGAUAUCUAAAAAUGCAGAUCCCAAGUUUAUAGCAUCUGAACCAUUCUACUGGAGAGUAAUAUACGGCUGGAUUAGUGGCACGGUUGCUAAGCUGAGAUACUACUUUGCCUUUAAAGUGGCGGAGGCCGUGAAUAACAUGGGAGGUCUGGGUUUUAAUGGUUACGACGAAAAUGGAAAAGCCAAAUGGAAUCGAGUCACUAAUGCUAAUAUUCUUAAGAUCGAGUUCGCCACAAGUAUGAAAAUGAUGAUGGACAACUGGAAUAUUUCCUCUGCACUCUGGCUGAGAAGGACAGUUUACGAACGAGUCAGCCACCACAGAACACUUGCUGUUUUUAUCACGUCCUCAGUCUGGCAUGGGUUCUAUCCGGGAUACUACAUGAUGUUUCUGACAUUUGGACUUAUGCUAGAAGCGGGAAGAAUGGGUCGUCGUGUCAUAAGGCCAUAUUUCCAGAAAACACGUGCUUUGGCUAUUAUUUAUGACGUGAUCACAUGUAUUGCAACCGGCCUGUGCAUGGCGGAAGGAGGUGUUCCAUUUCAGCUUUUGGAACUACGCUUGAGUAUCGACUACUGGAGGUCCCUGUACUUGUAUGCCCAUAUUUGGUGUCUGUUGCAAAUCCUUGUCUGUCGGGGGGUAGGAAAGCGCAUUUACACAAGACACGUGGAGACUCGACCCAUGAGGCCAGAGUCUAAGGAAGAGAAUAAGAACUGGAUUUACAAACUGGAACACAGAGGGGCAAGCGCGGAAAUAAAUCAGGACAAAAAACUUAAACUCAACUGAUCAAAAUGAAUUAGGUUUAAACCGCGGGGGAACUGAGAGUAAAUAUUCAUGUUCUAUAAAAAAACGGAAAAUAGGAAAUGUGUAU